AUGUUAGCCAACCCACAGGAAACCACUGAAUAUGACUUUCAGUUGAAGGAGCUUGAAAUAAUAACACCUCAAGAGUUUGAGAAGGGCGAUGAGACGAGCAGUGGAUCACCAAAUGAGGAUGUAGAGCAAAAAAAGGAAUACGUCAGUAAUGAUCUCAUGAAUGAAGGAAUCUAUUUCUGUACAUUGCAAGAAUUAUGUGAGUCAAUAGAUAAUCCUGAUAAGGGGGCGGACGAAGGAUUAGACAAGGGUAAAGGAGACGACAGGACAACAAGAGAAGAAUCUAAUAAACAUAAAGAGCAGGACGGGAGACAAGGAAAUAGGGAGGAAUCUUUCUGGAGAACGAGAGGCAUUGUUAGAAGCACAGCAGGGGAAGUACCGGAGCCUGGCGAGAGAUCAUUAACAUAUGAUCAGAUCAGGAAUCUUUAUAAUGACGCCCAAGGGGACAAAUUAAUAUCUGGAGGAUCUGAGACAAUAAAGAAAUACAGGGAUCUCAAAGUCUGUAGUUUCUGCUCCCAUUAUACCUGUCUUGAUGAGCGAUUGAGCAAUAAUGAAAUAGAUACCAAAUUGGAGCAGGUGCAAGAGAUGCAUGAGAGCUGGGAAUUAUCCUUCUUCUAUUGGCACUCCUACAGGAAUGGGAGAGAGCAAUAUUAUGCAGUCAGGAAGUAUUUGCUAGAGGAAUUAUUAGGAUUCAAAAGGAACAGAGAUCCUAUAAGUCUCGGGGACUAUAACCAAAGAUGGGAAGAGUGUGAAGAAAUAAUCCGUAAUAACUUUAUAAGGCAACACAAGUAUAUUGCUAAUGUAUACUAUACAUUAAUAUGGAGGAGCCAAAUGCGUAGUGAUGAUUUCAGGAAGAUAUUACAACACCUCAACAACUCCUGGGACGAAGUCACUAUAGACACAAGGGACAGAUGUAUAUCUGUCAUUGAGGGCCCACCAAAGAAAGAGCGAGGGAUAAUUCGGGAUGCAGGGGCCGUGAGAAUCCUGGAGGCAAAGGAGAAUUGGUCAGAUUACUUGUAUUCUCCGUUUUUCCAGGAUCUCUUCAAAGAAAUUAUAAGGGGUCUCCCACUGGGGGAGUAG